GAAAUUGGCAACAGGUUUCAGAGCCCUAGCCAACUCCCUGGGCUUCAACAAACAAAAAACUCUUUCUAUUUAUCUAUACAGACACCCAUAUAUUUAUUCUGACAAAUCUGUCACAUUUUAAUUUCUCCUUUUUGUUUUAAUGUGAAGUUAAUGUCAAGAUGAUUAAGACCAUGUAUCAACAUGCGAAGAAACAUCCAGGGCUAAUCCCUCAGUUUGUCUUCCUGACACUGGGUGUCACAGGGGCCACACUCUACCUAAUUCGUCUGGCAAGAGGCCCCCAUGUCACCCUCUUGGACAAGAGGAACAACCCUGAGCCUUGGGCCAAGCUUGAUCCAACCUACCAGUACAAGUUUGUGGCCAUCGAGACAGACUACAAGAACCUGAAGAAACAGGGCCCUGACUUCUAAAGAUCCUCCAGGCAACUCCAGGGGCACCAAGUUUAGCAGGCCCUCCUGCUGUCACCAGUGAUGUGAACCGUCACUGUACGUUUCCUCAACUUAUCCUCCAGCUUCUCAGCAAAAGCUCUGACUUAAGACUGUAACCUUGUGAACAAAAACUAAUAAAGAUCUCUUUUGUCUUUA